AUGAUGCCACGUGAGGACUUAUCCCUGAGAGAGGAGUUCGCGUACAGUCACAUGUCGACUCUGGAGAGGGGAGGGGGGAGUCUGGGGCGACGUGGGGACAGGAUAGUGGACCGGAGGCUGGACCGAGGGGACAGACUGGACCAUGACAGUUACACGGUGGAGGUGAGAGCCAGUGACCUGCAGCUCUCCCAACCACAGCCUCUGAAGCACCCAUGCCUCACCUGCAGGGCCUGGCUCUACAGCGUCGUGAUGGGGGGCAGUUUGCUCGUCACGUCUGGCUUCUCUCUGUACCUUGGAAAUGUCUUCCCCGUUGCUAUGGACUACCUUCGCUGUGCGGCUGGUUCUGGUCUGCCGGCGGCAAUAGCCAGUUUUGCCAUCGCAAAGAACAGAUAUGUUGCAGUUUCAGAUUUCCAGGUGGUCUAUGUUUCCACUUUUGCAGUGACGACCACAUGUCUGGUUUGGUUUGGAUGUAAACUCGUCCUCAACCCUUCAGCUGUCAAUAUCAACUUUAACCUGAUCCUGAUGAUUGUGCUGGAGGUGCUGAUGGCGAGUACAGUGAUCCUGUCCGCGCGCUCUGCAGAGGACUGCUGCUGUCACAGGAAGUCCGGGACCUAUGAUCGAUCAAGGGACAAACCUGCGAGAUUUCCCCGGAGACUCCUCAAAGCCUAUUCUGUGAUUGAAGUGAUUGUGGGGAUCUCCGCCGUGUUUGGAGGGAUCAUUGCUCUGAAUAUGGAUGCUCUGCUGCCGGGGCCUUACCUGUCCGUCACUUUCUUCUGGAUCCUCGUGGCUUGUUUUCCCAGUGCUAUCGCCAGCCAUGUGGUCUCUGAAUACCCCAACAAAUGCCUGGUUGAGGUGUUGAUCGCCAUCAGCAGUGUCACGUCCCCCCUGCUGUUCUCCGCCUCGGGCUUCCUGUCCUGCAGCGUGAUCAGCUUCAUUGAGAUUUUCUUGUACGAUGUGCCCACGGCGAAGCAAUCUUAUGACAUCCUGCUUCUCAUUCUGAUGGUGCUGCUGCUGGUGCAGGCAAUUUUAACUUCAGCCACUGUGGUGCACUGUGCUUCAUACAAGAGUCAGUUACGCAGGAGACCAGAGGAGUAUGAGGAAGGACUGUUCAGUUCCAUCUUGUCCGAGCAGCCGGCAUCCAACGGUCCACUGCAGGAUUUUGACAAAGACAGAGCCUGGAAGGCAGUUGUGGUCCAAAUGGCUCACUGA